AUGUCACUGCCAGCCAAUUCUUCCAGUGCCCCAACACCGUGGCAGGAUCGACUCUCAGGAGGUCGAACCGCCUGGUCUAGUACUGUGGUCGUUUCAGGCCAAAGUAUCGCCGCUCGCUACUGGUACGAUGGCCAGUACAUCAACAAUGCCAAAGAGGAUGCCGCCGAAGUCGCCCUCUCAUUUCUACAAAACCAUAAUCGUGUGCACACCGUUUACCCAGGCCAGGUCUGGCCACAGGGCGCUGGUAAAAGCGGCGGGGCUUGA